AGACGAGUGCGACAGUGUCUGUUAGUGCUUAGCUUACACACACCUUCUACAACAGAGAUAGCCAUCAGAAAGAGGGAACUGGCCGACGUCCUUGCUGCCUUUGCUUUUGCGGAUGUUUUAGUCUAAAUGGAUGAACAGAGCGAAGGGGAGCAUGUGCUUACGGGUCUAGAUGAGGAGGCAAUAGUUGACCAUGGGAAGACCAGCUUCACCACGCACACAAACUAUGAAAAGGAAGAUUUGGAAAGCCACAGAGCAGUGUAUGUAGGCGUCCACGUUCCUCUUGGAAGGGAGAGCAAACGGAGGCAUCGCCACCGAGGACACAAACACCACCGAAAGAAGAAAGAGAAAGACUCUGAAGAGGGGAAGGACGAUGGCAGGGAAUCCCCAACCUAUGACACACCAUCUCAGCGGGUCCAGUUCAUCCUGGGUACAGAAGACGAUGACCUUGAGCACGUCCCCCAUGACCUCUUCACCGAGAUGGACGAGCUUUCUUUCAGAGAUGGCAGCGCCACUGAAUGGAAGGAGACUGCCAGAUGGUUGAAGUUUGAAGAGGAUGUGGAAGACGGUGGGGAGAGGUGGAGUAAGCCCUAUGUGGCUACAUUGUCACUACACAGCUUAUUUGAACUACGGAGCUGCAUACUCAAUGGCACAGUCAUGCUGGAUAUGAGGGCCAACAGUAUCGAGGAAAUUGCAGACAUGGUGAUAGACAGCAUGGUGGCAUCAGGACAGCUGAAGGAGGAUCUGCGGGACAAGGUGCGGGAAGCCAUGCUGAAGAAACACCACCACCAGAAUGAGAGAAAGCUCAGCAAUCGCAUUCCUCUGGUGCGCUCCAUUGCUGACAUAGGCAAGAAACAUUCUGACCCACUCUUGCUUGAAAAAAAUGGACCACUGGUGUCUCCGAACUCGGUCCCAAACAACCUGGAUGGCAACAAGGCAGUGGAGAGGAGACCGUCCAAAGUAGGGGUCAGUAGAGAAAGCAGCAGUGUCGACUUCAGCAAGGUGGACAUGAAUUUCAUGAAAAAGAUUCCUCCGGGCGCCGAAGCCUCCAACGUACUGGUGGGAGAAGUGGACUUCCUGGAGAAGCCCAUAAUAGCCUUCGUACGACUGUCCCCUGCGGUCCUGAUCACAGGCCUCACAGAGGUGCCUGUGCCCACGAGGUUUCUUUUCUUGCUUUUGGGUCCUCAUGGCAAAGGGCCACAGUACCAUGAGAUUGGCAGAUCCAUGGCUACACUAAUGACAGAUGAGAUUUUCCACGAUGUAGCAUACAAGGCCAAAGACCGAACUGAUCUCCUCUCGGGAAUAGACGAGUUCCUCGAUCAAGUGACUGUCCUGCCUCCCGGAGAAUGGGACCCCACAAUCCGGAUUGAGCCACCCAAGAACGUCCCAUCUCAGAUGAAGAGGAAGAGACCGUCCCAACCCAACGGCACUGCGUCUCCAGCUGGAGAGCUGGAAAACGAUGAUGAUCAUCAUGCAGGGCCUGAGCUGCAGAGGACUGGGAGGAUAUGCGGAGGUCUGAUUCUGGACCUCAAGCGGAAGUUACCGUUCUACUGGAGCGACAUCAGAGACUCCCUCAGUCUGCAGUGUCUAGCCUCCAUCCUGUUCCUCUACUGCGCCUGCAUGUCCCCCGUCAUCACAUUCGGAGGUCUGCUGGGGGAGGCAACAAAAGGCAACAUAAGUGCCAUAGAGUCUCUGUUUGGAGCCUCACUGACAGGGGUGGCAUACUCCCUCUUCGCAGGCCAGCCCCUUACUAUUCUUGGCAGCACGGGGCCUGUUUUAGUGUUUGAGAAGAUCCUCUUCAAGUUCUGCAGUGACUACGGCCUGUCUUACCUGUCUCUGCGAACCAGCAUUGGUCUGUGGACAGCCUUCCUGUGUCUGGUCCUUGUGGCCACAGAUGCGAGUUCCCUGGUCUGCUACAUCACCCGAUUCACAGAAGAGGCCUUCGCUGCGCUCAUCUGCAUCAUCUUCAUCUACGAGGCUCUGGAGAAGCUCUUUCACUUGGGAGAACACUACCCCGUCAACAUGCACAACGACUUGGACAACCUUACCCUGUAUUCGUGUCAGUGCUCUCCACCAGUAAAUGCCUCCGAGAAAAUCAUGCAGGAUUGGAACCGGACAGGAUACAGCGCAGACUCGAUCCCAUGGAGCAGCCUCAAUGUUUCGAUGUGUAAGACACUCCACGGGGCAUUUUUGGGUCCUGCCUGCGGCCAUCACGGGCCCUACAUCCCAGAUGUUCUCUUCUGGUCCGUCAUCCUCUUCUUCACCACCUUCUUCCUGUCCUCCUUCCUAAAGCAGUUCAAGACAGAAAGAUAUUUUCCCACCAGGGUGCGAUCCACUAUCAGCGACUUUGCUGUGUUUAUAACCAUCAUGAUCAUGGUGUUGGUGGACUAUCUAAUGGGGAUCCCGUCUCCUAAACUUAAUGUCCCUGACCGCUUUGAGCCAACUUCAAAGAACAGAGGCUGGCUGAUGGACCCGUUAGGAGAGAACCCCUGGUGGACGCUGCUGGUGGCUGCACUUCCUGCCCUGCUCUGCACCAUCCUCAUCUUUAUGGACCAGCAGAUCACUGCAGUCAUCAUCAACCGCAAGGAGCACAAGCUCAAGAAAGGCUGUGGCUAUCAUCUGGAUUUGCUGGUAGUGUCAGUUAUGUUGGGUGUAUGCUCCAUUAUGGGCCUGCCGUGGUUCGUCGCUGCAACCGUCCUCUCCAUCUCCCACGUUAAUAGCCUGAAGGUGGAGUCUGGCUGCUCUGCUCCAGGAGAGCAACCCAAGUUCCUGGGCAUCCGGGAGCAGCGGGUCACUGGAUUCAUGAUCUUUGUCCUCAUGGGUUGUUCUGUUUUCAUGACCUCAGCACUCAAGUUUAUUCCAAUGCCAGUCCUGUAUGGAGUCUUUCUCUACAUGGGUGUCUCGUCCCUCAAAGGCAUUCAAUUCUUUGACAGAAUCAAGCUGUUCGGCAUGCCCGCCAAGCACCAGCCCGAUCUGAUCUAUCUGCGCUACGUUCCGCUGUGGAAGGUCCACAUCUUCACCCUGGUGCAGCUCACCUGCUUGGUGCUGCUGUGGGUCAUCAAGGUCUCUGCAGCAGCUGUUGUGUUUCCAAUGAUGGUUCUGGCGCUGGUCUUUGUCCGAAAGCUGCUAGACAUUUUCUUCACUAAGAGAGAGUUAAGCUGGUUGGAUGAUUUGAUGCCAGAAAGCAAGAAGAAGAAAGAGGACGACAAGAAAAAGAAAGCACGAGAAAAGCUGGAGGAACAGUCCAGACUGCAGGAAGAGGAGGACAUGGGACUGAAGGUCAGCUUCGAAGGCUCAAACCGGCUCAGCAUCCCGGUGAAAACACUCUCAGGGAGUUCUGAUUCUGACCCCUUGGUUGUAAAUAUCUCUGAUGAAAUGGCCAAAACCGCAGCGUGGAAAGCAGUGAACUCGAGCGCAGAGUCAUGUGUCCAACCUGUGAAGCGUAGUGGAAGCCAGGAGAAGGUGGCCUGCGUUAGAGUCGACGUCAGCCCAGAUUCACCAGGAGGGGCCUCCACCACCGAGACCUUCCUGUGAUUAACGGAGGCCCUCCCACCCUCUUGAUACCUUCUCUCGCACAACACUUUACUCCGCUGACGAGCACCAUCUUAGUGGCAAAGGGGGCAUAGAACUGGAGCAGCACAACCUGCCUGCGGGUCUCCCUUUGUCAGGGCAGCAGAUGAGCUCCCUCAGGGCUGUGAGCCCUACUCCCAUGCACAAGCAGUUGCCAUGACGCACUGCAGAGCGCACAUCACCGAGGAUCAAAGGCUAUUACUGCCCACCGACGCUCACUGUUUAGGAACUUUUCUCAAUCUGCAAUUUGUCACACAUUAAAACCACAGAUGCCAAAGGAAGGGGCCUCACUGGUGAGGAUCUUGGACUGUGUGAAUCAAAUUUAGUUUUAACCCACUGUACAUUUUAAUUUUAAUGUUAUUGUUUUAUCUGGUCGCAGUACUGUACAUUUUCUUUGUAGCUCAGACACAAUGAGUUGCGCUGCACUGUUUGUUCAAAUGUAUUUAAGGUCGGAUUAAGACUCUUCACCAGCUUCAGAAUUCAUUUGAUUAAAGCCAUUCAGGUACUGUCAGUGCCAGCUGAUUAUAUUUCAUAAUUAGUCCGGCACAGUAAAUGAUACAAACCAAACCAGAGGUACAGUCAGAUAAAUACUACGACGCCACACUACUAUUAUACCACAUACAUCUUUGUAGAAUUAGCUCAUGACUCAUCUCUCCUGUCUGCAGGGGAACAGUAUUGAUAUCGCUGCUCGUAAGUUGGUCAGUUUUCACUGUAAACCUCACUGUUCAUAUUGUAUGUGAUCUUAUAGAAAAAUCAUUAUGUAUGUAUGUAUGUAAACUGUGUUGUUUUCAUUUGGAACAUUAGAGAAAACCUACUUCAGAGGCCAUAUGAAGUCUGUACUGUACAGUAAGCACUUUGCCAGUAUAGUUUCUUACCUGAAAUGGAUUAUAGUGUAUUCAUGACAAGGUCAUUUUUCUCAUCGCAUCCAUAGAGCUUAGAGUUGGGUCGAUUUCCGGUUUUGCUGGUCUGGUCUGGUGUAAAAGCUUAAACCGAUUUGAUUUUGUGCAAAUUUUGAUGGUUAAUUGGCAUUUGUCAUUAUGACAACUUCUAGCAAAUUAAAAAGUAGCUUACAUCAGCAACUUGUGCUGACAACGACUGUGUUAGGAGAUAUUCACACUAAGAGCUGGAGCAUGCUGUGUCACAAACUGGACUGUUAGUAAAUUCAGAGCGCUGUUGAAUGUACCGCUCAGUUAUCCUGAACAAAACACUCUGAGAGCGGCAGAGUGCGCUCUGGACACUCCUUCUGGGGUGACGAAGCGGAGCAGAUGUGUGAUAAACUUAACCAUUCGAUAAUUUUUGUAUAAAUAGAAUGCUAAAAUAUGACAACUAGUUAACAUAAUAUUAUGUUUGUUUAUCAUGGACUAAAGGAGCCACUAGUUUCUGACAGGCUGUGAGCUGAGCACCAACAACAUGAAGGAGAUUUUCAGUAGAGGUGGGAGGGACAGAGAGGCCACACUGUUUGUUUACUAGAAUGUGUUCUUUGGGUGAUGAGACAAGACAUGGCAGCAUUAGUCUCUCAAGGAAACAAUUGGCACCAGUAUGCCACCAGUAUAUACCAUUUUGGUUCUAAACCAACAAAAGAGGUGUUUGGUCUGGAAUGAUGUUGCGUUGUGUUGAGCUCAAACUUUUGUCUAGCACCCUAUUUUUAUUUAUUCCUGUUGCUCGCUUUGAAAGCUCCACAACAGAUGAACAACCAGGUUGUGCAGUUGAACCAGUUCCAGUAAAUAACACAAUAUAAAAUGUGUUUUUCGGUUUAAAAAGUACAAACAUUAGGAAAUAACAAGUACUCAACUAUGUUUUGAGCGGUUACAUGUCCAGUCUGAUCUCAAGUGCACAGCUGAUAUGGAUGUUGUUCAUUUACAUGACAUAACAAAAGUGCUUAUUUAAAGGAUUCAGUGUCAGAGAAACGAUGUUUCGUGAUGGGACAAAAUCAUCAGAUGCUAAUUUGCUGUUAGGACAUGGUGUCAUUUUGUUCCACUUCGGAGCGACUGCUGAGUCAAGUGUGACAAAAUUCAGUAUACCAGUCUGGUUUGCUGUUAGACUGAAAAUCAAACUGGUUUGAAAUUUUUUACACCGGCCCAGUCCUCAUAGAGCUGUUGUUCAAAUGUCAGUUAAAAAACUCAGGAAUCUUGAAUGAUUUCUGACUGUGGUCACUUGAUAUUUUUUUGUCACAGCGCAGUGAUAAUUAGUCUGCUGCAUUUCAAGUCAUCGCUGUUAUUACAACUAUUUUAAUAAAUGCUGUAAAUCAUAAAAUAUAGCGCGGUGCAGAAUAAAGAAGAGAAUAUCCCCGACCCCAGUUAGAUGCACCGGUUUUUAUACUGUCUGUAUAACUGUUGGUAAUAGUGUGUGUGUGUGUGUGUGUGUGUGUGUGUGUGUGUGUGUGUGUGUGUGUG